GCACAAGACUCGCGCCAAAACGAAUUCGUCGCCAUAAACAAAAAUGUUGUGUCACUGAAGACUUAAUAUAAAGUUAAACCACAGACACGCCUUAAAUUACUAAAUAAGUGCUUCUUAUUCACAUCAUUGACGUCGUUUUGUACUGCCAGUGAUUUGUCAAGAUGCGGAGGAAUGAAAACCAGAGACCAGCCACAGGCAGUCUCUCCGUGCCUCUAUUUAAUCAAAGGAAGAGGAGCAGGCUGCCUUUGAUGUCUAAUCCUUCAGAGAGUGAGCUCUUCACUACCAGCCACUACAAUGAGACAAAAACCUCCUCCUCUUCCUCCUCUGCUCUUCCUAUUUUAGGUCAGAGUGGUCAGUGGAACCAGCAAACCUAUCUUUCAUCACAGCAAGCCAGCAUGAGAUCUGCUCCUUCACCUGGUGUGGAGAGACGAGGAUAUGCACCUUUACCUCACCCAAAAAAACCUGCCUAUGUCUGGUCACAGACAGGGCAACAGAGGCCUCCAGUGAGACAGGAUUCGAUGCCAGCAGUUGGAUCCCAGCUUCAUGGCGACUUUCCAAGGAGCAGCUCUGGUGCGCUCAGCCAGCCCAGAUGGUCCAGCAGCAUCCAGAAUCAACAGUCAUUUAACAGGCCGACAAAUUCCCCCAGACUUCCGUACUCUUCCCAGCAGUGUACCCCCACAGCAGGAAGCACUCAGGGCCCUGGAGCUCAGAGUCACAGCGGAAAGUGGAACUUCAGACCUGUUGGACAAUCAGCCAGUGGAAUGUGGGCAAAAGAAAAGAUGGACACCUUAAGUGUCCGGACCACCCCUCAGCAACAGAAGCCCCCUCGAGAGACAUCACUGCAUGUUAUUACUGCUGUUAUUGAGGGCAUGAAGCACUGGAGUCAGUACAAGAGCAGAGUACCAAUGCUGUUUGAGAUGUUUGCUACACUGGACUCUGCAGUUACAGUUGGAGAACACGGAGCAAAGAAAUUUCUCAUGAGGCAUAGUAAAGAGAUGGUCCAGUGCCUUUACUAUGAAAAUGAUCAGACACUGCCCAGACUGAUCAGAGGUCAGGUGCAUCGCUGCGUUGGAAACUAUGACAGAGAAAAGGAUAUAAUGACUUGUGUGUCAGUCCGAGCUGCUUCACUGUCAGAGCAAAAGAAUGCCCUGGAGGCUGUGAGAGCGUCAGAUGCAGAGAUGAGGGAUGUGGUGCUGGCUUUCAGUGAAAUGUGAUGUGGAUCGAGGAACCAAACAUCAGGAUGCCGUUACAGAAUUAUUUACAACCAAAACAUCACAGCGGGAAACCCACAGCACUAAUCUACAAGAUCUAAGAUCUACCAGUGGUCAGACUUUACAUACAUGAUUCAUAAACAGAACUCAAGAAUUCAAGUUGCCAUUACUGUCAAGGCAAUCAGAGGACGCCAGUGUACUCCUGCAUAAACACGUUUAAAGGGCCUGUUAUGUUUGACAUCUCAUGCCAGUUUAAAGUUGUGCUCUGU